UGUAAAACCCUAUAUAAACCUUUAAAACCUAAAGAAUAACCCUUGAACCUCAAAAAUCUGCACAGAACCAAAGAAGAGAGAAUUAAUCAAUCACCAUGGCUUUGGCUUGGUGCGCUGUACGCAGGUCAGCUUCUAAGUUUGGUUCCUUGUGUGGUGGUCGAGUCCGAAUUAACUCCACCGUUGUGGACCGUCCGUCUCUAGCUCUCAACCCGUCACCGCUGCGUCCCUUCGUCUCUAGUAGCUUUUACUACCCGGCGGUUGUUGAUCAGCUGAGCUCCGAGAAAAUGCUUAUCCGGGAGAUUGACUCCGAGAUCAAUUUAGCUUCGCAAAUCAGUGAUAUGUUUAAGGAUGCGACUCCAGGAAGCUUACCUUUCAGAAUUGAAGAUGAUGGAGGUAAGACUGUGACAUUGACUAGAGACUACAAAGGGGAACACAUUAAAGUUGUGGUAGGCAUGCCUUGUGAAUCUCGUGAUGAUAAGAGCGGACUCAGCCUCAAGUUUUGCUGCAAGGUUAUUGAUGGUCAUAUCGACAUAUAUGAUGUAUUUGUGGAUCAUUCGGGAGAUGAACUGCCUAAUAUUGAAUGGUCGUCUGAUGAUUUCAAAGACGUGAAUCAUAACGUGGAGAAUGCGUUGUACAAGUAUCUGGAGACCAGAUUGACAAAAGGCACAACGAAUUUUUUGUAUGAGUACAUGACGACGAACAAGCGACGCCACUUGUUUUGGUUGAAGGAUGUCAAGAAGUUUUUGGAUGAUGAAAGUUAA